CGCCGUCACUUGAUUAGCUGAUCUCGCCAAGUAUACAUUCUCAUGGUGACGUUACCGACAACGCAUGGAAGCAGGUGACCAUAUCUGAAUAUUCAAUGAAUAUUCGAAUCUUGGAGAUAAGUCAACACUUCAGUCGUGUAGGAGAAGGCCGGGUUUGAAUUCUUUUGACGCGCACCGGAGUGUAUGACACACAGAGUCUCAGUGAACGUGCAAGUGUCCUGCACCAGUAGUAUUGUUACAAGAUGUUGUGGAGUCAAGAGUGGUUAUCUGAGCGCGUUUUUGAAUAUAUGACACGAUUCAGAUAAAAGGUUCUCAAAGCAGGUUUGUGAGAUAAAACAGUUGGAACAAUGUCUCUGGGAAGGAAAUAUGACGUCAAUCGGCAGACGUCGUUACUGCUGCGAGAAGACACGCCGGGGAAGUACAGAAAGCUAACUGACAAUGAGAUAGAUUCGGAAAGGGACUGGUUACGUGUACAGGCCAAUGGCAACACGACACUACACCUUAGUGAUGGAAGCAGCACAGAUCUAGCUACGCCCAAGGAGCAAGACACACGGGAGGGAAGUCCUAGUUCAGUACACUCACUCGAGGGAGAUGCGAAAAAGAGCAAGAGAGGAAAAUUGUCGAAAACAAAGAAGCCUAAAUCUUUGUCCAUUAAAGAAGACAUACAGGUGAGGGCGCCAUCCUUGGACCAGCCAGGAGUAGAAUCAGGGAUCGCGCCUGCAAACCAAGAAUCAGCAUGCAAACAGGACGAAAAUACAACGUCACUUGACGUUGCUGUUGUUGCUGAUACCAGCGCCGAGUUGGAUGUAGCCGUCGGAGGUGAUCAUACCCACUUAUCAGAUGUAGGUAAGACAGAGGUAACCAGCGAAUGUGACCCUGAGCAGCCCAAAGGGAAGCCCAGCACUGAAUCCGGCGUUAAAGUGAAAACAGAAACACGAAAAAAGGAAAAGAAAAUUAAAAACAAAGACAAAAAGAAAACCAAACAUAAGAAGAAUACUUGUGAAGUUCACAGGAAUGGGAAGCCCCGCGAAGAAGGUAAGCUGAGGAAGAUAUUUGACAUUGGUAAGAAGAAAUCUGAUGACAUAAUGAGCAGCCCUCGUCACUGCCGGAGUUGCACAUGCGACGGCGCUGCCACCCACGUAAACGUCCACCACGACACAUCUGAUACCUCUAGUGUGUCAUCCUCUCACUCUGAGAGCAGCUUCCUCUCGGUCAAGAGGACAGAGACUACUAGCCUGUCCUCAUCUCACCAUUCCGAGUCGACAAGCACCGCCUCCAGCAGGACACUCACGGACAAACACAACACGUCAUCAGACAGAUCGUCACUAUCUUCACAUUUAUUAACGUCAUGCAGCAGAGUCAAGACAAAACCCGAGAAGCCACGGAGACUGCCGAAGACGCCGCCAUCAACGCCAGAACCUACAGAGGUCGAACCGGAUACGUCACUGGAGCAGGUGCGUCACGAUGACGUCGUGUCAACAACGCCGGGGGACAAGGUACCAGAGAAGAAGGAGCUCCGUCGUCUGUACCCACAGGUAGACGGGAACGUGACGGCAUGGGGGUGUUCACCCGGGAUGAUAACUCUCACCUUAAACCCCCCGGGGCUGCUUCCAGACGGUGCCAGGUUACAGAUUCUCGGCAGGGCCGGACAUUGCCGCGAGUCGGACGUCGACACCGGAACGUAUGUUUGUCUGGAUGAAGUAAAGAAAGAUGGAUUCCCCGGGAUGUCAGCUGAUGCAGAUUCUGGACCCGCCACCCAGCUGGCAGCAGACCCCCAGCCUGCAUCGACCGCCACAGUCGCAAGUCAGCACCAGCCACACAUGUCCAGUACUUCAGACUGCGCCCGUAGGGUGGGGGUGAACGUACAAGGGGGUGGUCCUCCUCUCAGAACUGUUCCUCUAGAAAGGGCUAUGGCAGGCCAGCUGGAAUUGCGCCCCCCUGCUGGGUUCAAAGAGCGUGAUAUCACUGAUGAUGAUGUUGGUGUCGUGAUGGAGGCAGGUAGGCAGUCCAACAACGACGAUGUCGACAAUGUUGUGACACGUGAUGGUGAUGCGGCCAUUGAUAUGAGAGAUAACAUAACGCACACUGCUGGAUUAGAUGCUACAAGUUUUGAUUCACCCGGUGGUAAAGGGGCUAUUACGUCACCGAGUGCCCCUGUCCCACAACUGCCGCUACCCUCGACUGACGGCGCCAGCGACAAAGGGGAUACGACGGGGAGUAAUAACAUUUAUCUCCCUGGAGCUCCGGAUAAUACCGCUACUGAUGUCACAUCACAGACAAGUGAUAGUUCAGGUAUUAUAAAGCUGGCCUUUGAUCGUGUAAAGAAUGGUCCAACUGGAGGUGGGGUACAGUCGUCAACGUCCGAGUCUGAGACAAGUUCCUCCAGUGGCAGUGGUUUCAGGAAGCAUAAAACUAAACUGAAGAUAGAAAAACCUAAGAGAAAAGGGAAAGACAAGACAAGCAAGGACAUGAAAAAGGACAUAGUAGUGGAGCCCAGUCAAACAUCAAAAUCAAACCUUUCUCCAAGUCUGCCGAAUGUGAAGGAUCCCGAACCACCUGUGGGCAUUCGACAAGCUGAAAAGGUGGAGAAUAUUUCAAAAAGUGUCAAUGAUCGACGGCCCGAACAUCUCGAUGCAGGUACUACUACCUGUCUGGAUCCAGGUGGACCAUCCCAGGUAACAGGACACGUGACAAGUAAUGACGGAGUUAGAGUUUCUGGAAUUGGUAUAAAGGCUCCAGAGCUUAAGGCCGGAUCUGAGGUGAAGGUCAAUGCACCAGAUGUUGGUCCUCCAACUAUAAGUAUUCAAGGUGAGGUAAGUGGCAACUCUCGUGUUGAGGGAAAUGCCAACGCCCCUCAACAAACGGUGCACGUUCCAAUACCCGUCCCUGACCUCUCAGCUGGCAGCCCGGGGGAUGCACCUCGCCCCCACCUGUCAUUGAAAGACAGAGGCAUGAGUUCGGACAGCGAGAGCAGCUUCUCCUCCACGGAUGACAUCAGGAAGAAGACGGGGAAGAAGCACAGGUUCAGUAACUAUAGCCGUGAGGGGACCCGUGACAGGUCUCUGUCACCCUUCAUCCCCCUGGCCUCACACUCCCCACUAAACGUGUCACAGACACUAGCAGCCACAUCCAACUCCAAUCUGAAUGGAUUCGACAAGCUCGAUGCCUCGUUCACCCACUCCACACCAUCUAGGGCCAUGGAGGCCGACGUGCCAGCGAUUGUCCGUCAUCGUGGUCAUUUUGUUGUGGUUGCCAUAGAUUUCGGAACCACCUUUAGUGGGUAUGCACUGAGUUUCGUCCGUGAUCCUGAGAGCGUGCAUAUGAUGCGGAACUGGGAGGGGGGUGACCCCGGGGUCAUCAACCAGAAGACCCCCACCACGAUCCUCCUCAACCCCGAAGGACACCUAGACUCUUUCGGAUUUACAGCCCGAGAUCGAUACCACAAUCUGACCCCGGAUGAGGCCAGGAAGUGGAUGUACUUUGAGAGGUUCAAGAUGGUGCUCCACCAUAAUGCAGACCUGACCAAGGACACGAUGCUGAAGGCGAGCAAUGGUGAGUUGUUCCCCGCCCUGAAGGUCUUCGCCCUGGCCCUCCGCUUCUUCAAGGAACACGCCCUUCAGCAGCUUUCUGACCAGUCAGGGAUAACCGUCAUUAACGAUGACGUCAGAUGGGUCAUCACGGUCCCAGCCAUCUGGAAGGCUCCAGCCAAGCAGUUCAUGAGACAAGCUGCAUAUGAGGCUGACCUCGUCUCCCCCGACUGUCCUGAUCAGCUUCUCAUUGCUCUUGAGCCGGAAGCUGCCUCCAUUUAUUGUCGCAAACUGCGCAUGUACCAACUGAUCCCUGAGUACCCAGAGAGGCGCCCCCUACAGCCGCCAAGAUACUCUCUGCCGGAACCUCUGAACGACGGCCUUGCCUGUACAGAUGUCAGGGACGAUGUUGCCCGUCCCCCAUUCGAUCUGCCCCCCGACCAUCCCCUGGAGAGUAAGAUUAAAGGAACCCGGUACAUGGUUGUGGACUGUGGAGGCGGGACAGUGGACAUCACGGUGCAUGAACUAGGGAACGACAACAAACUGACGGAACUGUACAAGGCUACCGGAGGACCUUAUGGUGCAACAGCUGUGGACGAUGAGUUUGUGAACCUGCUGUGUGAUAUUUUCGGACACGACUUCAUCGCCCACUACCAAGCCAAGUACCCAGUCGGAUGGGUCAACCUCAUGAUCAACUUCGAGUCCCGGAAACGUUCCGCCAGCCCCUACAAGAACAAUUCACUCAACGUGUCCCUGCCGUUCACAUUCAUUGACUACUUCAAAAAGCAGAAGGGUGGUCACAUCGACAGUGUUGUCAAGCGCUACGGCAACAAGGAGAUCUGCUGGUCGUCCGAGGGUAUGCUGCGGCUCAGUCCACACGCCAUGAGAUGUCUCUUCGUCCCCGUCAUGGAGAAGAUUAAACACGCCAUCGGUGACGUCCUCAAUAAUCCGGACGCCAGACAUCUGAAAUUCCUGUUUCUUGUGGGAGGAUUCGCCGAGUCCGCCACAUUGCAGUAUGAAGUCCGCAAGGAAUUCUCCCCUAUCCUUAAAGUUCUCAUUCCCACUGGCGUCAGCCUGGCCAUACUCAAAGGCGCAGUGCUGUUUGGCCUUGACCCAACAGUUGUUAACGUCAGAAGGUCACGGUUAACGUAUGGAGUUGGCGUUCUUAACCGAUUCACCCCGUCCUGUCAUCCAACUAGCAAGCUGGUCCACAGAGAAGGCGUUGAUUGGUGCACUGAUGUGUUCGACGUGUUUGUUCAUGACGAUCAACCAAUCACAUUAGGCGACACAGUUAUUCGCAGUUACACGCCUGCAAAGGCCAAUCAGAUGGUUAGUGUCAUACAUAUCUACUCGAGUGACAGUAAAGAUUCAGCCUUCAUCACAGACCCUGGUGUGAGGAAGUGCGGCACUUUAUGCCUGGACUUGUCGGAUGAGGAUGCUGAUCACCUGCCUAGCCGACGUGAGAUCCAAGCUAGGAUGAUGUUCGGAGAUACGGAGAUCAAAGUGAGCGCCUUGGAUGUUGCUACGGGGAAAUGUGUCCGAGCUAGCAUAGACUUCCUCAAUAAGUGAUAUACUUCACAUCUAACUUAAUUAACUGUACCGAGUUGUUAACUAUUCAGGUGGGCGUAAUUCGAGGUACUGAUCCGUGUAAUUAUUGCGUCUUGACUACAUUGUGUAGAGGUGAGGAUUCCAGGUUAUUUUGUGUCAGUGAACGUAACAGUUAUUAUAUGUGACCAGAGACAAGUGUGUUGUUGUGGGACAGAUCUGAAAUUCCUGUUUCUGGUGGGAGGAUUCGCCGAGUCCGCCAUCUUGCAGUAUGAAGUCCGCAAGGAAUUCUCUCCUAUUCUUAAAGUGAUCAUUCCCACUGGCGUCCCAGUGUUUGAUAGGACAUUGGUCAGAGGACGUCCUUGUAUUAUUAUAGACUUCCUGCAUCUUCAUGUUGGUUCCACGAUGACACUGAUGCCAGCUAUCCUUUACAGUUGAUUAUUUUCAUUACACCACACUACCGUCAAAGUUUAGUCAAGAAUGUUUCCCCCUAACCUUCGAUACUGGAAUUAUGACAGCAAUAGCAUUAAACUGUUCACGACGGGGCUGUGUGUCAGGCGCACUGAUGUCAAAUAUCUUCACAUCAUCCACUGUCGAUUUUGAAAGUGAUUACAUUAUUUUACCAUUGCAUCUCAAAUGAAACAAAGUUUGCAUGAAAAUACCAUCCUUGUACUUCUAUAUGUGGGUGAAACAUUAGCUGGGCGGUAGUUUAAGGAUACAGCCUUAUGUCCAUGUUACCUUGUUGUGGUACUAUAUAGUGUGUACAUCUAGUAUUGGGACUGUUGGAGCUGGUCUAUGUUGGCUAAUAUAGCAUUCAACAUGCCAACAUUUGCCUGUAUUAUAUAUUCUCGUAUGACAAUAAACAACUAUUUUAUAGAA